AGCUGCCAAGCAGCUGCUUGCAAAAAAAAGUAGAAAUGUCAGAACUUAUUUUGAAUGUCCACGAAAGCGAAGAAAAGUUUUCGGAGAAUUAUUAUUUAGUUAAAGGAAAUUAUGAAUAUUACCACUAUAUUUGUGACGGAUUUGAUGACAGGGGGUGGGGUUGUGGCUACAGAACCUUGCAAACAAUAUGUUCUUGGAUGAACCACAAUACCGGCAAUGCUACAGAAGUUCCCAGCAUCAGAAAAAUACAAGAAAUUUUGGUUAGUUUGGAAGACAAACCUGCUUCAUUCUUGGGAUCACGACAGUGGAUAGGCAGUUUUGAGGUAUGCCUUGUUAUUGACAAACUAUAUGACGUACCAUGUAAGAUAGUUCAUGUCAACAAGGGCGACAAUCUGCAGAAUAUUUUGGACACUCUGAGAGGCCACUUCGAGAAAUUCGGAAGUCCUAUAAUGAUGGGAGGAGAUGUGGAUUGCUCCUCGAAAGGCAUCAUGGGAGUUCACAUCGAUGGGAAGAACUCAGAAUUAUUGAUAGUGGAUCCACAUUAUGUGGGAAAAGAACAGUCAAAAGAGUUUCUACAACGCAAAGGAUGGGUCAAAUGGCAGCCUCUGAAAGAUUUCCUCAGUUCAUCUUUUUAUAAUUUGUGUUUACCACAGGUCAAAGCAAAAUGUUGACUAAAAAGCAAGACUCCCUGCAGCAGCCAG